AUGAGCGCAGGAGGCCGUCACGCCGUGGUGACCACCCCUCCCCCGCCCAGCGGCGGCGGAGGACCCGGUGGUCCUAAGGAACGAUACUUCGACCGCAUCGAUCCCAACGACCCCGAGUACCUGAGAGAGAGGAACAUGUCACCUGACCUCAGACAGGACUUCAAUAUGAUGGAACAGAAGAAGAGAGUCACACAGAUACUACAGAGUCCUGUAAGUAGGAGGGAGGGAGGGAGUCACACAGAUACUACGGAGUCCUGUUAGUAGGAGGGAGGGAGGGAGUCACACAGAUACUACGGAGUCCUGUAAGUAGGAGAGAUAGAGAGAGGGAGGGAGGGAGUCACACAGAUACUACGGAGUCCUGUAAGUAGGAGCUAGAUAGAGGGAGGGAGGGAGUCGACAGAUACUACAGAGUCAGGGAGUCACACAGAUACUACGGAGUCCUGUAAGUAGGAGGGAGGGAGGGAGUCACACAGAUACUACGGAGUCCUGUUAGUAGGAGGGAGGGAGGGAGUCACACAGAUACUACGGAGUCCUGUUAGUAGGAGGGGAGGGAGUCACACAGAUACUGGAGUCUGUAGUAGGAGGGAGGGAUCACACAGAUACUACGGAGUCCUGUAAGUAGGAGGAGGGAGGGAGAGAGGGGGAGGGAGUCAACAGAUACUACGAGUCCUGUAGUAGAGGAGGGAGGAGGAGGGAGGGAGUCAACAGAUACUACGAGUCCUGUAAGUAGGAGGAGUAGAGAGAGGGGAGGAGGGAGUCAACAGAUACUACGAGUCCUGUUAGUAGGAGGGAGGGAGGGAGUCACACAGAUACUACAGAGUCCUGUAAGUAGGAGAGCUAGAGAGAUAGAGAGGGAGGGAGUCAGACAUAUACUACAGAGUCCUGUAAGUAGGAGAGAUAGAGAGAUAGAGAGGGAGGGAGUCAGACAGAUACUACAGAGUCCUGUAAGUAGGAGAGGUAGAGAGAUAGAGAGAGGGAGGGAGUCAGACAGAUACUACAGAGUCCUGUAAGUAGGAGAGAUAGAGAGAGGGAGGGAGGGAGUCAGACAGAUACUACAGAGUCCUGUAAGUAGGAGAGAUAGAGAGAUAGAGAGGAGGGAGGGAGUCAGACAGAUACUACAGAGUCCUGUAAGUAGGAGAGAUAGAGAGAUAGAGAGAGGGAGGGAGUCAGACAGAUACUACAGAGUCCUGUAAGUAGGAGAGAUAGAGCGAUAGAGAGAGGGAGGGAGUCAGACAGAUACUACAGAGUCCUGUAAGUAGGGGUGGGACAAUGUGAGUGUGAGAGAGAGAGAAAGAAAACAGGAGGUGCAUCUGGCCUGAUGCUCAUUUUGACAUCAAGAGGACAAUUUAUAUUGUUCACCAGUUGUUGGGAAUUUAACAUAUCGGAAAUAUUCUGUUUGUGAAUGAGAGUUCCCUGCUUUUUGCUGGCGGUCGCCAUUUCAAACCCCUUAGGGGUUAACACACUGACGUUGUGACAGAGACCACAGAAACACUCCAGCCGUCAGCACGGCAGACUGUGUCAGCACGGCAGACCCAACAUUACUGCCACAGAGUCUACCUACCACACCCUUUCUCAUAAACAGGAUAGCUUACUAGCCCUGCAACAUAAAGCAUGUCUGUAAACUCUGUAGUCUGUUCUCCAAGCCCCCAGCCCCUAACUCACUCAGACACACCUGUUUGUUUACCUGCAGGUAUUGACUCAAGGGAGUGGGCAUGUCUGUAGCUCAGGUUCAUAGCUUUCGGCUGUGUGUGUGUCCGAGUGUGUGUGGUGUGUGUGUGUGUCCGAAUGUGUGUAUGUCCGAGUGUGUGUGUGUGUGUGUGUCAGAGUGUGUGUGUGCGUGCGUGUCCGAGUGUGUGUGCGUGCGCUGGUUGUAGUCAUGUUCUAUUUAAAGCGUUAAAUGGGAUCCACAUUACUACACAUGCUCCCGCGGGUUCUUUGGCGCGCUUUUAUACCAGCUGUCAGGAGAUCAGGAGACGAUCGCAGAGUGUCUCGCUGCUUUUCACCUGUGUGUGUGUGUGUCUUUUGUCUGAAAAUGUCUAUGUUGAAGGGUUGUAAAUGUGUGUGUUUGCCUACUUGAGUAUGUGCGUGCGUGUGCAUGUAACUGUGUGGGUGUUGUUGUAAUCUGCUUCAAUAAGUAGGACCAUGGAGUUCUCCCUGACCAUGUCACAUCACCAGGUAAACUGGUCCAGGGUCCAGAGUUCUUCCUGACCAUGUCACAUCACCAGGUAAACUGGUCCAGGGUCCAGAGUUCUCCCUAACCAUGUCACAUCACCAGGUAAACUGGUCUAUAGGACCCAGAGUUCUCCCUGACCAUGUCCAAUUUUUUCUCUCCUGGAUAGAUCACGUAGUCAGGAAAACCUCCUGGUCCUAUAACAAUGGACCAAUAGACAUGGCAUAGAGAGAAUAACUGUGCACUUGUGUCCUACGUGGUCUCAUUCCCUCCCAGUCACAAUAGUUCCUAUGGAGUCAUGGGCUGUGUCUGAAAUGUCACUGUGUAGUGCACUACUUUUGACCAGAGCCCAUAGGGAUCCCAUAGGGCCACUAUAUAGGGAAUAGGGUGCCAUUUCAGACCCAUUCCCACCCAGUCACAUGGCUGCAUGGGAACUAGACUAUAGGUCGAUAUACGUGACCCAUCAUCAACCAAUCAGAUAUUAGUAAAACCAUCUGAUAUAUAAGGUUGAGUCGUUAGAUAUAAUUGAAUUUGGCAUCCACUUACACAUGCUGCUGCUAUUUCUAGCCAUGGACACACGCACAUCUCGGUCGGUGGAGCACAGCAAGGCUCACUUAGUCUGAGUGAUUUAGUGAUGCGAUGCGGCAAAUAGGGAAGCAAUGUGUGUGUGCGUGUUUGUGUGUGUGUGUGCAGCUGGGUUGUGUAUAUUCACUGCUACUGCGGUUUGGGAGAAGGAAGCAGACUUGAAUUUCUUCUCCUCAGGCUUACAAUGACUGGAUAAUUUAUGGAGCCUCCCUGACUCUAACCCCCUGUGAGAGGAAGUGUUUCGUCCAUGGUUUCUUUCUUUUGUUGUUCUCUUUAUAACUUUUAACAUCUCAUUCUAAAGAACAUUAGCAUGCGUAUUCUCUGAGGAACUUUUUAAACUUCAAACUGGAAGCUUUUCUGGAAGCUUUUCUGAGAGACUAUCCCAUUUAGUUUGGCAUUUAGGUUAUUAAGCAAAGUAUUUGAGCUAUCUUUUGGUUUGGCAUUUACGUUAUCUCAACGUUUCCUAGCUAGCUUAUGCUUGAGCAUUUAGGUUAUAGAGCAAUAUGGCUUAGAUGGCUUUUGUGCUGACAUUUACAUUAUCUUUCAAUGAGAGACCGAGAAGUAGAGAGAGAGAGAGAUACGGAGAGAGCGAGAGACAGAGAGAAGUAGAGAAAGAGAGACAGAGAGAUACAGAGAGAGAGAGACAGAGAAGUAGAGGAAGAGAGAGAGAGAGAUACGGAGAGAGAGAGACAGAGAAGUAGAGGAAGAGAGAGAGAGAUACGGAGAGAGAGAGAGUAUUGAGAUGUUAGGGUAGGCAGUACAGACUCAACCCCAGGGAGGAAAGCGCUGGUCAAAAGCUGCAGGCAGUGUUGCAGCUGAAAUGGGGGACCGAUUUUUACUGACGCACACAUCAAUAUCAUUGAUUGGUUGGCACUUGCUCCCACUCUCUUGGUCUCUCUCUUGGUCUCUCUCUCUCUCUCUCUCUCUCUCUCUUCUCUCUCUCUCUCCUCUCUCUCUCUCUCUCUCCUCUCUCUCUCCUCUCUCUCUCUCUCUCUCUCUCUCUCUCUCUCUCUCUCUCUCUCUCUCUCCCACCUUGCAACACAGUCCACAUGAGAGUAUAAUUGUGCUGACUUAACUGUCAAGGCUAUGAUUCACUUGGACCAUGGUGUGUGUGUGUGUGUCUCUCUUUAACUGUGAGUAUUUAUUUUACAGAUUGUCAGCGGUGACGUAAAACCCUUUAAUCACCUCACACACAAUAAAGUGUCCACACACACACACACACACACACACACACAGACUACAAGUGUGAACACGCUUGAUAGCAAACCCAGCUACAGUCUAGUCAUAAAGGGUUUGUUGUCCUUUCCCACGCUACAGGGAACAGCUGCAUCCCAACAGUCUUAACUGUCUGUCACCAACCAUAGAGUCAGCAGGAAGAGGAACAUCCCAACAGUCUUACCUGUCAGUCACCAACCAUAGAGUCAGCAGGAAGAGGAACAUCCCAACAGUCUUACCUGUCAGUCACCAACCAUAGAGUCAGCAGGAAGAGGAACAUCCCAACAGUCUUACCUGUCUGUCACCAACCAUAGAGUCAGCAGGAAGAGGAACAUCCCAACAGUCUUACCUGUCUGUCACCAACCAUAGAGUCAGCAGGAAGAGGAACAUCCCAACAGUCUUACCUGUCUGUCACCAACCAUAGAGUCAGCAGGAAGAGGAACAUCCCAACAGUCUUACCUGUCUGUCACCAACCAUAGAGUCAGCAGGAAGAGGAACAUCCCAACAGUCUUACCUGUCUGUCACCAACCAUAGAGUCAGCAGGAAGAGGAACAUCCCAACAGUCUUACCUGUCUGUCACCAACCAUAGAGUCAGCAGGAAGAGGAACAUCCCAACAGUCUUACCUGUCUGUCACCAACCAUAGAGUCAGCAGGAAGAGGAACAUCCCAACAAAUAGAUAGUUGAAUGCUAGGCUGAUUUCUUUUAACAACACUUUAGGUAAUACAUAAAUAUAACAUACACUGUGCACUGUGUAACAUUUAUAUACUAAAGGCUUUAAUAUAGUGCGGUUUAUGGCUUUCUCACACAAAAUAUAAGCCUUUAUUCUGAUAUGAUUAAAAGAGGAAGUCUUAGGAGUUCUGCUCCUCGCCGAAGCCCGUAUGUCAAAGCCGUGUCAGACUGACCAGAGACUGCUGUAUCCUCAAAGAGCUUCCUUCUCACAAUGAAUGAUAUUGGACCAGCUCCAAUCUGCAUGUCUUCAUAAUGAGAGAGAAACUCAAAGACUAUAUUAAAGACACCAUUUUGAAAGAUUAAUAUCUCUAUUCGUUGUGAAUGCUCACAGAAUCCUCUCUUCCUGAUUGAGGAUAACAGCCUGACCCUCCAACCAAUCAUACACGUCCUUCCAUACGCUCAAACCAAUAACUGGAGAGACAAUAACUGGAGAGACGUGGCUUGGCUUUUCAGUUUAGUGGCAGGAUGGUGGACGGAUAUUCAUGUCAAGAGAAGGACACCAGGCCAGCCUGAUUAGAUUUGGGCUCUGGCUGUUUGUUUCAACUCAAUGUUAGGAAAGUAUUGUGGCACAGGGUUGCCUCGCGAGUUGAAACACACACACACACACCACAGCAGCUAGCUGACAUGCUCUUCCGUGAGCAGUAGCUGUGUUUUAUUUUAGUCUCUCUGCAGAGGAUUAAAGGGUUGGAAAAUGUAUGAUCACAUCCUCUUUAAUCUGUUAGAUGAAGAUGAUGCGGAGGAAAUCCCUGCCGCUCAGCGUUAUAAUCUGGCUUUGAACACAUCACAAGCUCACACACUGCAAAUGCCUGCCACUGUGUGUGUGUGUGUGUGUGUGUGUGUGUGUGUCAUACGAAAGUGCAGGCCUUUUCCAGUAAAAGACUAUUAAGAUUGAUGCAGAUUCAGAAGUAAUAAAGGCAGUUGUAAUCAAGUUCCGCACACAGGAUCCCCCCCAGGCCUGAUAAAUAGAACCAUGGGAGCAGUAUGGAGUUUAUGACAAGUCUUUUCACUCCCGCCUGUGUAACAGCACAGUCGACAGUAUAAUAGAAAAGUCCAGAACAAACCCCAAGCCCAGCAGACACCCUAUCCACAUCCGCACCACUGCAGUGCAGCUACCAGACCUAGCCAAAACUGUCACUAUGGCAACAGGGCCCGAGCGAUAGCGGAAUGUUUGGCCCCGACUCAGAACCCCUCAGAACCCCUAGAGUUCUACUGGGUCUGUGUUCUGUUCUGUGUUCCCAGGGGAUGCUGUAGAGAUUUUAAAAACCACCCCCACAAGGGGAGAAAUUAAUCGACCCGGUCCCAUCCGCAAACAAUAAUGGACUGUCCCAUGGGGCCAGCCGGCAGGGGGGUUAGAGAAGAGUAGACUGUCAGAGAUGUUUUGUGUUUAGGGUGAGACUCUGAAACGGCUCUAUCUAUACCCAGACUGUUGUGGAGUUGACUACUCUUGUGUGUGUGUGUGUGUUGUGUGUUGUGUGUUGUGUGUUGUGUGUUGUGUGUUGUGUGUGUGUGUGUGUGUGUGUGUGUGUGUGUGUGUGUUUUGUUCCGAGCAGAGACAUGGAAUAAAAGCAUUAAUAUUGGAUGUGUUCCCAUUUAGGAAGUCAUUGUACUGAAAUGGUGUCACAUCCUAUUUCUUCCUCCUCUCUGAAUCUUCUUUUUAAGAGUUGUGCUGUAAGACGUUUCUAAGAGUUGACCCAGGUCACUAAGUAACGGAACAACGGUUUGUCUCUUGCAAAAGCAACAAUUUCAACAUGGUGGCCCAUCCCGUUGCCAGUUAGUCAUACUAUACAGUCUUUCAAGCUAUUACUUGUUUAUUACAAUUCAGUUUAUUGGCUUUUGAUCUCUUUUUAUAGUUUAUAUAGCUAACAUUUGAUAUGUAAUAAUAGGGAUUUAUGUGUUUCAGUACAUUAAGACUAACCCCUUUCAUUACCCUGCUAUUGUAAACACUUUAUCUCCCAAAUUAUAGUGUCGUUGUUAUAAAGAGAUAAUAAGAUGUAAUGGGAUAUCAAAGUUAUUGCCUAGUAACUCUUGUAUUGGGCAUAAUUCAUUUGAUGAAUAGUGAGUUUCAAUAUAGUCAACACUGUGGUAAAUCUAAACGCCUCCGUUUCCUUGAUCCUUAGCUCUACCUGUCCUAGUUCCAGUUGUGGCAGUGUUUUGGGAGCAGUACUGGGGCACAGUCAGGAAGGGAGGUGCACAGAGAAACAUAUGGAGAGGAAGAUAAUAAAAGACAGAAUGGGGUAAAGAAGGGUGUGUAGUAGUGUAAAGAAGGGUGUGUAGUAGUGUGAAGAAGGGUGUGUAGUAGUGUGAAGAAGGGUGUGUAGUAGUGUAAAGAAGGGUGUGUAGUUGUGUAAAGAAGGGUGUGUAGUAGUGUAAAGGAGGGUGUGUAGUAGUGUGAAGAAGGGUGUGUAGUAGUGUGAAGAAGGGUGUGUAGUGUAGUGUAAAGAAGGGUGUGUAGUAGUGUGAAGAAGGGUGUGUAGUAGUGUGAAGAAGGGUGUGUAGUAGUGUUGUAGUAGGUGGGGGUGUGUAGUAGUGUGUAGAAGGUGUGUAGUAGUGUAAGGAGGGUGUAGUCGUAUGUGUGAAGAGGGUGUGUGUAUUGUGAAGAAGGGUGUGUUGUGUAGCAGGGUGUGUAGUAUGUGAGAGGGUGUGUAGUAGUUUGAAGAAGGGUGUGUAGUCGUAGUGGACAGAAGGGUGUCGUGUGUAGAGGGUGUGUUAGUGUGCCGCCGGGUGUGUCGUAGUGUCAGACGGGUGUGUCUCGUGUGGCCGCCGGGUGUCGUGCUAGUGGCGCGGGUGUGUCGUGUGGCAGGCCAUGUGAUCGUGGUCCCGCCGGUGUGUCGUAGUAGUCCCGGCGGGUGUUGUCGUGUGCAGCGGUGUGUGUCUGUGGGAGAGGUGUGUCGUAGUGUCAGAGGGUGUGUAGUCUGUGCAAGCGGGUGUGUGUGCAGCGGUUGUCAGUAGUGUGCAGCACGGGCCUGUCGUGUGUCCCAGCCGGGUGUUCGUACGUGUACCGCCGGGUGUGUCGUCGUGUCCGGCGGGUGUGUCGUCGUUGCAGCCGGGUGUGUCGUCGUGUGCCGCCGGUGUGUCGUGUGUCGCCGGGUGUGUCGUCGUGUCCCGGGGGUGUGUCGUCGUGUCCCGGCGGUGUGUCGUCGUGUCCACGGCGGGUGUGUCGUCGUGUGCCGCGCGGGUGUGUCGUCUGUGCCGCCGGGUGUGUCGUCGUGUAAUAAUAAUAAUAAAUAUGCCAUUUAGCAGACGCUUUAUCCAAAGCGACUUACCAGUCAUUGCGUGCAUACAUUUGUGUAUGGGUGGUCCCGGGGACAUCGAACCCCACUACUUGGCGUGUACAAGUGCCGUUGCUCAUCACCAGCUGAGCUACAGGGAACCACAGUGUAAAGACGGGGUGUGUAGUAGUGUUAAAGAAGGGUGUUGUAGUAGUGUUACAAGAGAGGGUGUUGUAGUUAGUUGUAAGACAGGGUGUGUUGUAGGUAAUUAAAGAAGGGUGUGUAGUAGUAGUGUAACAAGAAGGGUGGUGUAGUGUUGUUGUAAAGGAGGGUGUGUAGUAGUGUGAAGAAGGGUGUGUAGAAGUGUGAAGAAGGGUGUGUAGAAGUGUGAAGAAGGGUGUGUAGUAGUGUGAAGAAGGGUGUGUAGGAGUGUAAAGAAGGGAGUGUAGUAGUGUAAAGAAGGGAGUGUAGUAGUGGUGUGCAUGUAUCAGUACUGCUGGAAGUAGUGCAGGGGGACUUGAGGUUGUGGAGAUUACAGAAGGAUAGACCUCUCUGUCCCUGGCCAGCCAGACAGUCAGUCAGUCAGUCUGGGUUUACUGAGAGAGUGACACCCAAGGACCAGUCUAAUCUGUGAUUAAUGUCUUCAUUUUCAAUUUCUCUCUCUCUCCCUCCCCCCGUCUCCAGGCCUUUAAGGAUGAGUUGGAGGGGCUGAUUGAGGAGCAGAAGAAGAAAGGCAACAACCCCACUGGUCUCCUGGCCCUCAGACAGAUCGCUGACUUCUUCAUGUCUUCAUCCGUGGCUGGCUUCAGCACCUCACCCCUCAGUAAGUAGUAGUGUUGGUACGGCCCGUAACCCCCCCCUCAGUAAGUAGUAGUGUUGGUACUGCCCGUAAUCCCCCUCAGUAAGUAGUAGUGGUAUGGCCCGAACUCCCCUCAGUGAGUAAUAGUGUUGGUACGGCCUGUAACCCCCCUCAGUGAGUAGUAGUGGUACGUCCAUUAGGCCAACCAUAGCAAAACAUGUAGCAAAGUAAAAUGAAAAUGAGCAUUUCUUAUUGAAUGUUCAGGUAAUCCCUCCCUGUUUCGGUCCGUUUUUCUUUUUUCUGCCUAAUGAAUACAAUCCUGGUGGUACAGCCCAUAACCCCCCUCAAGGAGUAGUGCUGUUGGUACAGCCUGUCACCCAGGCAACACCCAACUGCCACUCAUUUGAGCAGCAUACCAUCUUUGCCACAGCCUAUUGACUUUCAACUAGGCCAAUAUUGUUAACUCUAUUGUUUUUGAAAAGUGGAGACUUCCAAAUCUGUAUAGGCACACACACACACACACACACACACACACACACACACACACAAUCUAUCAGUAACCUGUCCCUCCUAGCUGACUCCGGAAAAGCCUUGCAUAUUUCCCUCCGUUUUCAUCCCCUGUUCAUUCCAAGUUUCCACAUGUGAAGUCUGUUUCCAAUCAUGCAAUUACAGACCUCGGAAUGUGGAACUAAUGAUGAAUUACCACCACGACCACUAUAAUAUAGAGUCCCCAGUUAUACCUCAUAUAUCCCAUAAUAUGUCCACAUAAUAACACCACUAAUCUCAGCAACCAGCGGGCAGUUAUGGAAUUUGCUGUAAAUGAGGAAAGAAAAGGAUAAGAUUGUCAAGGAUUAUUUCUUACUUAAGAAAUAUGUGAAGUAAGAUCAUUACAUUUGUUAAAACUUACUGUAACUACAUGUAAUUAUCUUUGAUAUUAACAUUGCCAGUGUCAAAGGAUGGCUUGUUGCUAUUUGUAUCCACUGUCCAGUGUAGAGAACUCUAUAGUAAAUCAGUUGGUUAGACGAGACAGCCCCAGAUGUAUUCUAUCUCUGUCUCAGAUGGUUAUUAUUGGUUAUUAACAACUGAUCUGAAAUCUCUUUAGUAUCGUGUCUCUAAAUAAAACAUGUAUUGAAUGAUAGAAUUGGUUUCCUGUUAGAACAGUUGAUGUACUUAGUGCUUAGAAUCUGUCUCGAUUCCCAGGCCGCAGGUAAUCUAAUAUGCCGGCUGUGAGUAUUGAUUGUUAUUGAUUAAUAUAAUUAUUAAUAUAUUCAUAUUGAUAAUUAUACAGCGAAUAAUAGAGCUAUUAAUCCCCACACCCAACAAUAAUAAACAUUUUAAACCCUCUCUGCUUUGCUUUCUCUGCUCACCCCCUCUCCAGGCCUUGGAAUGGUCACUCCCAUCAACGACAUGUAUGGAGUGGAGUCUACCACUCUGGUGAAGGGGGAGAAGCAGACACGCUGCAAACUGGCCAGCCUCUACAGACUGGUGGACCUCUUCAGCUGGGCACACUUCGCCAGCUCCUACAUCACAGUAAGAAAAAAACCUUGCAGUAACCUUGCAAUAACCUCAGUCAUAACCAUGUCAUAACGCAUCAUAAACCUAUUCUGUAGAACUGUGUUUUGAGACAUACUGCAAGCAGGUAUGUGCCAUCUGAGUUCUGCUUAGAGUGAACUAUGUUCUGUCUAUCCCCUGCCUACAAUGCUACCUUCAGGAUAUGUUUUCAAGACACAUAGAACUGUGUGCCCGUCCUUUUGUUUGGGAGCAGUGUGUUUGAGCAUCAGGUCCCUAAAGUUUUGCUUGUGUCAGCAGCAGCACUGUGAAGUUUCAAGGUCAUAACAAGGUGUUUUGUUGUUGUUGUGUCCAGGUCCGAGUCAGCAGAGAGCAGGACCACAUCCUUGUCAUCCCCAGAGGGCUGUCAUUCGCUGAGGCAUCCGCAUCCAACCUGGUAAGUCCAAUCACAACGCACCAGGAAGCACAUGCACCCAAUCACAACCAAGCAAAACAAACCUGUACCCAAUCAGGAAAGAGCUAUCUCUUUUUAGACGUGUGCUGGGUUGUGUUCAGUAGUACCAAACAGGAUAAAAUGUUUUGAAAUGGAAGAGCAACUAUCUGAAAUUGUCCAAUAAGAACACUCAUUGUCAUUCUCCAAUUCAAACUGUUUUAUCCCAUUUGGUCCUACUGAACACAGCCUAGGUUGGAGGUGUAGUCUGUGUGUUUGUGCCAGGUGCCAGAUUAAGCCAAUAUACUGCGUCAUGUGGAGUAAAAGGUUUCUGGCAGCCCUUCUCACAAACCCGGCACAACAGCGCCAAUGCUUAAUCAGCCGUCUAUUUCCUUGAAUUAUUUGAGAGAGAACUAUUAGAUUAGCAGAAAUCUAACAUUCUGGCACAGAGGCCGACACACACACACACACACACAUACAUACAUACACACACACACACACACACACACACACACACACACACACACACACACACACACACACACACACACUGGUCUGUGUUUUGUCGAGCCAUGGCGGUCAGGGGAGUAGCCGGCCGCGACCGGGAGACUCAUGGGCGGUGCACAAUUGGCCCAGCGUCGUCCAGGGUAGGGGAGGGAAUGGCCGGCAGGGAUGUAGCUCAGUUGAUAGAGCAUGGCGUUUGCAACGCCAGGGUUGUGGGUUCGAUUCCCACGGGGGGCCAGUAUAAAAAAUAAAAAAAUAAAAUAUGUAUUCACUAACUGUAAGUCGCUCUGGAUAAGAGCGUCUGCUAAAUGACUAAAAUGUAAAAUGUAAAUGUAGAGUAAUGUGCUUGAUAUGGCGAAUACAAUGUUAUCCUGCAGUUACAUUACUGUAUCUCUUUGUUGCUGAGAUUGGUAUAUUGCUGACUGUGGGAAUUCCUACUGUGUGUUACUUUUUGAAGGGUAUUUUAUCACUGACUGUUCGUUGCGUCUGUGAUUGUCCAUGUUAUUGUCUGACUGGCUGCCAUGUUAUUGACCCAAGACUUACCAAAACCAUCCUGCUUAUGUCUCAUUAUCUCUGGUUUUAUUACAUUUUACAUUUUAGUCAUUUAGCAGACGCCCUUAUCCAGAGCGACCUACAGGAGCAAUUAGGGUUAAGUGCCUUGCUCAAGGGCACAUCGACAGAUUUUUCACCUAGUCGGCUCGGGGAUUAGAACCAGAGACCUUUCGGUUACUGGCACAACGCUCUUAACCACUAAGCUACCUGCCGCCCAGUCAUCACUAGGUUAACAGAUCGUCUGUGAUUGUAGUCUACUUUUCUGUGAUUGUCCAUGUUAUUGUCUGACUGGCUGCCGUGUUAUUGUCUGACUGGCUGCCGUGUUAUUGUCUGACUGGCUGCCGUGUUAUUGUCUGACUGGCUGCCGUGUUAUUGUCUGACUGGCUGCCGUGUUAUUGUCUGACUGGCUGCCGUGUUAUUGUCUGACUGGCUGCCGUGUUAUUGUCUGACUGGCUGCCGUGUUAUUGUCUGACUGGCUGCCGUGUUAUUGUCUGACUGGCUGCCAUGUUAUUGUCUGACUGGCUGCCGUGUUAUUGUCUGACUGGCUGCCAUGUUAUUGUCUGACUGGCUGCCGUGUUAUUGUCUGACUGGCUGCCAUGUUAUUGUCUGACUGGCUGCCGUGUUAUUGUCUGACUGGCUGCCGUGUUAUUGUCUGACUGGCUGCCGUGUUAUUGUCUGACUGGCUGCCGUGUUAUUGUCUGACUGGCUGCCGUGUUAUUGUCUGACUGGCUGCCGUGUUAUUGUCUGACUGGCUGCCGUGUUAUUGUCUGACUGGAUGCAGCUGGCUACUAUACCCCAGCUGGCUACUAUUCACCCUGUCUAUUUGUCAUUGCCUCUGGUCUAGUAGCAUGUCAGUGGUGGUAGUGAAUGCUGGGUAAUGUUGUUGUCCUUGUCUAGUUUUGCUGCAGAACCACUGGUGUUGGCUCAGGGAAGUGCAUUAUAAGUUUCUAUUUGUUUCUAUUUCUUAGUUUGUAUUUGCUGCUCCCUGUAGGUCGCUCUCUCUCACACACUCGCUGUCUCUCACUCACUCACUCUCACUCGCUCCAAGCACCUGUUUCUGUGACAAGUCAAGUGCACUGCAGGUGAACAAUCAGAGUGAGUUGUUGACAGGUGGAACUAACAAGCAUCACUCAGCUGUCUGACAGGGUGGGGCUCAGACUGGAGAGAGAGAGAGUCUCAAUUGCAUUCUCCUCGCUUCCCCUCUCCUCGUCUCCUUCUCAAAACCCAUUGGAGGAGAAAUCCAGAGGUCCCUCCCCUCCGACCUUCUCCUCCAAUGGGUUUUGAGAAGGAGACGAGGAGAAUGCAAUUGAGAUCUUCCCAGAGAGGAGAAUAACUAGGCUAAAGGUCAUUGUAAAGAUAUACAGUACUCUUCACUCCACUGUUAACCUAGUGAUGACUGAAUUGAAUGAAUUUGUUGACGGCUUCUAUUUGGAAGUUGAAGAGAUCCUACUCCUAGUAUACGUUUGGUUUCUCUUGGUUGAUGCCGUCACAGACGGCAGAGUGACAUGUAGAAACGUAGUCUUUACUGUGGUACUGUAGUCACACACACAGAAAGCUUUGUCUCUGUGAGACGAAUGAGACUACUAUAUUCUAGCUGACUACUAUACCCCAGCUGGCUACUAUACUCCAGCUGGCUACUAUACUCCAGCUGGCUACUAUACUCCAGCUGGCUACUAUACUCCAGCUGGCUACUAUAAUCCAGCUGGCUACUAUACCCCAGCUGGCUACUAUACCCCAGCUGGCUACUAUAAUCCAGCUGGCUACUAUACUCCAGCUGGCUACUAUGCCCCAGCUGGCUACUAUGCCCCAGCUGGCUACUAUGCCCCAGCUGGCUACUAUGCCCCAGCUGGCUACUAUACCCCAGCUGGCUGCUAUACCCCAGCUGGCUACUAUGCCCCAGCUGGCUACUAUGCCCCAGCUGGCUACUAUGCCCCAGCUGGCUACUAUGCCCCAGCUGGCUACUAUGCCCCAGCUGGCUACUAUACCCCAGCUGGCUGCUAUACCCCAGCUGGCUGCUAUACCCCAGCUGGCUACUAUACUCCAGAUGGCUACUAUACUCCAGCUGGCUACUAUACUCCAGCUGGCUACUAUAUUCCUGGCCAGUAAAGGCCUCUUUUCUCUGUUUUCCCUUCCCUCUCUUUCUCUACUGGUCUGUUAUGGGUUUAAACCCACUAAGGGGAGCGUUUUAGAGGUGGAACGCCAUUAACUUCCUGAGACAAAGGAAGUCAUCCAGAGCUCAGUGUGUGAAAGGUCACUGAGGGGUGAAAGGUCACUGAAAGGGAGGGGGGGGUUGACAUUCUGGGCUCUUGCUGGGCUCAGCUGUCUGAGCUAGAAGGUGAAGGAGAGGAUACCUGUAGGAAGACAGCUGUCCCUAUGAUUAAAGUUUGAUUAUGUUGUGUUAUUGUUUCAUUAGUAGUUAGGAUGGGAACUGAGAAGUAAAGAGACAUUCCACUCCGUUAGAGCUCAUGGUCUUUGAUACGAGGAUUAGUUUGAUUGAUAGUUUGUUGGAUCAUCGUUGUUGUUGUCAUCAUCGUUGUAGUUGUUUUGAAAGGAUGACCUGUUUGACUCCUAACUCCAUGCUCCAAGCCAAUCACCCAGCAGGCAUUCCUUAUGAUGAGCCAGGCAUUCACAGUCACAUCCCUCUCUCUGACGUACCAUACUCCCAUUAUAGGGCUUAUUCAGUUUAGCCCCAUCGUAAAGCAAUAUGAAGGAAGGAUCUGUUCGCUAGCUAGUGGAUGAUCUAUGUAGACUCUAACUCUAACUGUCUGACAGGGUGGGGCUCAGACUGGAGAGAGAGAGAGUCUCAAUUGCAUUCUCCUCGCUUCCCCUCUCCUCGUCUCCUUCUCAAAACCCAUUGGAGGAGAAAUCCAGAGGUCCCUCCCCUCCGACCUUCUCCUCCAAUGGGUUUUGAGAAGGAGACGAGGAGAAUGCAAUUGAGAUCUUCCCAGAGAGGAGAAUAACUAGGCUAAAGGUCAUUGUAAAGAUAUACAGUACUCUUCACUCCACUGUUAACCUAGUGAUGACUGAAUUGAAUGAAUUUGUUGACGGCUUCUAUUUGGAAGUUGAAGAGAUCCUACUCCUAGUAUACGUUUGGUUUCUCUUGGUUGAUGCCGUCACAGACGGCAGAGUGACAUGUAGAAACGUAGUCUUUACUGUGGUACUGUAGUCACACACACAGAAAGCUUUGUCUCUGUGAGACGAAUGAGACUACUAUAUUCUAGCUGACUACUAUACCCCAGCUGGCUACUAUACUCCAGCUGGCUACUAUACUCCAGCUGGCUACUAUACUCCAGCUGGCUACUAUACUCCAGCUGGCUACUAUAAUCCAGCUGGCUACUAUACCCCAGCUGGCUACUAUACCCCAGCUGGCUACUAUUCUCCAGCUGGCUACUAUACUCCAGCUGGCUACUAUGCCCCAGCUGGCUACUAUGCCCCAGCUGGCUACUAUGCCCCAGCUGGCUACUAUGCCCCAGCUGGCUACUAUACCCCAGCUGGCUGCUAUACCCCAGCUGGCUACUAUGCCCCAGCUGGCUACUAUGCCCCAGCUGGCUACUAUGCCCCAGCUGGCUACUAUGCCCCAGCUGGCUACUAUGCCCCAGCUGGCUACUAUACCCCAGCUGGCUGCUAUACCCCAGCUGGCUGCUAUACCCCAGCUGGCUACUAUACUCCAGAUGGCUACUAUACUCCAGCUGGCUACUAUACUCCAGCUGGCUACUAUAUUCCUGGCCAGUAAAGGCCUCUUUUCUCUGUUUUCCCUUCCCUCUCUUUCUCUACUGGUCUGUUAUGGGUUUAAACCCACUAAGGGGAGCGUUUUAGAGGUGGAACGCCAUUAACUUCCUGAGACAAAGGAAGUCAUCCAGAGCUCAGUGUGUGAAAGGUCACUGAGGGGUGAAAGGUCACUGAAAGGGAGGGGGGGUUGACAUUCUGGGCUCUUGCUGGGCUCAGCUGUCUGAGCUAGAAGGUGAAGGAGAGGAUACCUGUAGGAAGACAGCUGUCCCUAUGAUUAAAGUUUGAUUAUGUUGUGUUAUUGUUUCAUUAGUAGUUAGGAUGGGAACUGAGAAGUAAAGAGACAUUCCACUCCGUUAGAGCUCAUGGUCUUUGAUACGAGGAUUAGUUUGAUUGAUAGUUUGUUGGAUCAUCGUUGUUGUUGUCAUCAUCGUUGUAGUUGUUUUGAAAGGAUGACCUGUUUGACUCCUAACUCCAUGCUCCAAGCCAAUCACCCAGCAGGCAUUCCUUAUGAUGAGCCAGGCAUUCACAGUCACAUCCCUCUCUCUGACGUACCAUACUCCCAUUAUAGGGCUUAUUCAGUUUAGCCCCAUCGUAAAGCAAUAUGAAGGAAGGAUCUGUUCGCUAGCUAGUGGAUGAUCUAUGUAGACUCUAACUGCGUCCCAAAUGGCACCCUAUUCCCUACAUAGGGCACUACUUUUGACCAGAUCCCGAUGGUCGCCCUGGUCAAAAGUGGUACACUACGUAGGGUGCCAUUUGGGACAGAGACUGUGUUACGCCCUCUAGCUAGCCUUCCUCUAGGUCCUGGAAUUAUCCCUACGGUACGAUACACUUAUAACACACUUAAAUGAGAUCUAAUACAAUAGAUGAUGUAUACGCAGAAAUCAUGUUUCCAAAUUAGAUUUGAGGAUCAUUUUAGUCUCACAAGAGUUCUGGCCAGCUGCUGCUAUUGAAGUUGGAAGGUCUCCAUUGAAAAUAGUACAGCAGUAAAAGAGAGGUGGAGGGGGAGAGAGAGAGGGGGGGAGAGGGGGAGAGAGAGAGGGAGACUACCCUUCUGGCUGAACUGUCCACUGAGAUUCACGUCAUAUCUGGGGUGAGGUCAGGAGGUCAAAAUGUUGUAGCUCUGUGAUUGGUUCAACUCAAAGGACCCCAAGGAAUUCAACGAUAUCAUGUGAACUCCAUAGGCAUGUAGGUCAACUCUCCUCUAUGUCCAACAAGCUGAUAGCUACCAAGGGGUCUGCUGCCUUUGUAUGUCAUUAUCGCAGAUUGAAAAUGUGUCAUCAGCCUGCGUCACAUUUCAUAUUCACCUCAACAACACUUCCCUCCAUACAGUAGAACCUGAGCUGUUCUGACGUUUGAUUGGCAGACUGGUAGAGGGGCCCGGACAUUGAAGGAUGUGAUUGGUCUCUUACAAUCCUAACAUGUGAUGUAACUAAACCUGUCAUUAGUGUUCGAUCGGCUGGUCUGGUCUGUUCGUCUGACAGCUGCCACAUUAGACAUGGUUUACUGGUUGCUUUCAUCUACUGGACAAACUAAUCAAUUCGACUGGUCUCUGUCAUCCUCCCACUGUCCCAUAUGGCUGUCAGGCUGGAAAACAGAACAGGGUGUUUCAUAUUCAGCGUCUGUAACAGUAUACAGUUUACAUUUAACCUGGUCAUUUAGUGAUUCUGUAAGUAGGGAUAGACUACAAAUAGAUGUUAUAAUGAACAAAAAUAUAAACGCAACAGAGUUACAAUUCAUAUAAGGAAAUAAGUCAAUUGAAAUAAAUUCAUUAGGCCCUAAUCAAUGGAUUUCACAUGACUGGGCAGGGGUGCAGCGAUGGGUUGGCCUUGGAGGGCAUAGGCCCACCCACUUGGCAGCCAGGCCCACUCACUGGAGAGCCAGGCCCAUCCAAUCAGAAUUAGUUUUUCCCCACAAAAGGGCUUUAUUACAGACAGAAAUACUCCUCCUCAGACGAUCCCACAGGUGAAGAAGCCGGAUGUGGAGGUCCUGGGCUGGCGUGGUUACACGUGGUCUGCGGUCGUGAGGCUGGUUGGACGUACUGCCAAAUUCUCUGAAACGACGUUGGAGGCGGCUUAUGGUAGAGAAAUGAACAUUCAAUUCUCUGGCAACAGCUCUGGUGGACAUUCCUGCGAUCAGCAUGCCAAUUGCACGCUCCCUCAAAACUUGAGACAUCUGUGGCAUUGUGUUGUGUGACAAAACUGCACAUUUUAAAGUGGUAUUUUAUUGUCCCCAGCACAAGGUGCACCUGUGUAAUGAUCAUGCUGUUUAAUCAGCUUCUUGAUAUGCCACACUUGUCAGGUGGAUGUAUUAUCUUGGCAAAGGAGAAAUGCGCACUAACAGGGAUGUAAGCAAAUUUGUGAAUAACAUUUGAGAGAAAUAAGCUUUUCGUGCAUAUGGAACAUUUCUGGGAUCUUUUAUUUCAGCUCAUGAAACAUGGGACCAACACUUUACAUGUUACGUUUAUAUUUUUGUUCAGUGUAGAUUUAUUAGAUAGGUUUCUUUGGCUGUGUUGUCUGAUCAUAAUUAGUUGUGUAUUGAGAACUGGCUAUACUCUCUCCUCUCCUCCUCCUCUCCUCAUCUUUUCAUCCUCUCCUCAUCCCCUCUCUCUCUCUCUCUCUCUUUCUCUCCCUCUCUCUCUCCCUGUCUCUCGCUCUCUUUCCCUCCCUCUCUCUGCUCCCUCCAACCCUCUUCGAUAGCCGGUAAUCUAAUGAAACAGCGGUAAUGAAGUUCUCGUUGAGGACAUACAGUAUCAAGACCAGUUACACUGAUACAGUUACGAUUCCUUCUGUACAUUUCCUGAUGAUGAUGAGUAUAUGAAUCAUUUAAAUUGUUAUUACCCAUUUCAUGCAUCUUUAUAUAGCUAGCAGAUGUCUCCCUCACAAUAUAACCAGUGUAAUCAUUUUUUUUUUUCUUAAGGGAGGUGAUUCACAUGUCCAUUAAACUGUGUAUGUGUUUGUGUAUGUAAAACCAUGCAUGUGUAUUUUCUGUCACUGUUUAUACAAUGGCUAAUGCUCUCUUCUCUCCUUUCUCUCCUUCCUCUCCUUCCGCCCCUCCUCUCCCCCUCUCCCUCUCCCAGGUAAAGCUGAACAUCAUCGGGGAUGUGAUUGACCAGGGCUCUACCAACCUCAGGGUUGACCCGUCAGGCUUCAGCCCCCACGCUGCCAUCUAUUCCAUCAGGCCAGACGCACGCUGCUGCAUCCACGUGCACACUCCCGCCACUGCCGCCGUGAGUUACUUUUCAUUCUGUUUCAUCAUUCAGGAUCUUAGAGGAAGACAUGUUGUUUCAAUAGGCAUGACUUUAGACAAAUAUUGUCCACAUUUUGAUGUUUUCAAGCACACUGAUUUAUAAUGCACUGUAUGAUAUUGUAUAUGUUCAUCGGCCGUUUCACCCUCUUCUCCCCCCUCUCUCUCUCGCUCUCUCUCUCUCUCUCCCCCCCCCCCUCUCUCUCUCUCUCUCUCGCUCUCUCUCUCUCGCUCUCUCUCUACCCACUUCCAGUGUCUGAAUAGUUCUCACAUCUCCUCCCCUCUCCUCCCAUGUCUCUCCAGGUGUCGUCUAUGAAGUGUGGCAUCCUGCCCAUCUCUCAGGAGGCCUUGAUCCUGGGUGACAUCGCAUACUACAACUACCAGGGUAGCCUUGACGACCAGGAGGAACGCCUGGAGCUGCAGAAAGCCCUCGGACCCUCAGCCAAGGUACAGAUCUAGGAUCAGAUUACCCCACCCCAAAACGUGAUGUUAAUUGUUAGUUCGGGGGAUGCCAAACUGACCUUAGUUCAGUGGGUAAAUCCUACUCCUACGGUACUGCUUUGACAGGACUGUUUUCUAGCUUGUGUACUGUAAAAACAGUCUUGGUGAUCAAAUGUACUAGCUAGUCAGCCAGCCUUAAUGGCGUUGAGGUUACUGUGGUUUAGUGUCCCCUCUCUAGAAUCCCCUGUACCCCCUGUAUAGAGCCUCGUUAUUGUUAUUUUAUUGUUACUUUUUAUUUUUUACUUUAGUUUAUUUAGUAAAUAUUUUCUUAACUCUAUUUCUUGAACUGCAUUGUUGGUUAAGGGCUUGUAAGCAAGCAUUUCACUGUAAGGUCUGCACCUGUUGUAUUCGGCGCAUGUGACAAAUAACAUUGGAUUUGAUUUGAUAUACUGGUAAACUAUGGAGGGUUAUUACCACACUGGGGAAUAUGGUCUUGUUAGAUGUAACUGUCCUCAUCUAUGGUUGGGUUGUGACCGUUUUAUUUUACCGUGACCCUGUGUGUAUGGUGACCAGGUGCUGGUGCUGAGGAACCAUGGAGUGGUGGCUCUGGGGGAAACCAUCGAAGAGGCCUUUCAUUACAUCUACAACGCUCAGUAUGCCUGUGAGAUCCAGGUAUACACACACUCGCUACGUAACACACACACACACACACACACACACACACACUGAAACCUGGACUUCACUCUCAUCAAACAAUAAAUCAAUAAAUGCAGUAACUCAUUUAGAUCUAGAUUCUACAGUACAUUUACUGUUCUAACAGAGAUUUCAGUAACAAAUCAUCAACAACACGACGUCACAAUGGCUGUUGUCUUCAUCUAACUCUUAUUAGUGUUGCUGUUCCUGUUCUGGUCGUAUCUGGGUUUUCCAUAGGAAAGCCGGAAUGUCAUUUAUGAGGUUGCUAAAAAUAUAUAGAGAGAGAGUGAGAGGAAAAGGCUGGCACCAAAACAAAGAGAUGAUGUUAAAGCACUAGAACGCCCUACACCAUCUGAAUUAGAAGAGGGAGAAACACCAUUUUAAAUGGACUGUAUAUUACCCCACAACUACACCAGCAGGACAGCUUGAAUGGAAAGUCAAUGAUUUCCAGAGUUUUGUUUGGCAAAGUGUGUAUGUGUGCGUGCCCGUAGUGUAUACGGUUUGUAAAUAUGGAAGACAUUACGGGGUGUGUGUGUGUGUGUGGGUGUGGUGGGUGUGUGGGUGGGUGUUCCUGCCUGUUGUAAUAGGUGCACCAAAUCCCUAUUUGAAUCUCGGCCUCAGAGAAAAACAAAACAUUAAUCCAACCUAGCAAAGCCUGCUUACUAUCUAAAGAUAAACCCCAGGCUACGUUGUGUGUGUGGCUAUUGCACAAAGUGACCUCGUAUAAUAACUGUAAACUGUAAUAUCUCCCUGGGUUACAUUGUUCAAUUGUCUAGUUUUUUUAUCUCGAUAGAAUUCUGUGCCUCUCUCUUUUCUGAAUAGAGAUGGCUAAUUACUCCUUUUCCUCUUUCCUCUGUAUAUAAAUUAUAAUCUUUUCUCUCUCUCUCUCUCUCUCUCUCUCUCUCUUUCUUUCUCUCUCCCCAUCUCUCUCUCUCUCUCUCCCCCCAUCUCUCUCUCCCCAUAUCUCUCUCUCUCUCUCUCUAGGUGAAUGCAUUCUCGUGUGCAGGCAGCAUAGACAACCUGAUUGUGUUGGAUGCUGAGAAGUAUAAGUCUCGGACCCAUGCGGUGGCCGAUGCUGGGUCUGUCAACAUGGGAAGCCCACACAAGUGGAAGGUGGGAGAGCUGGAGUUUGAAUCUCUCAUGAGGAUGCUGGAUAACCUGGUGAGUGCAUGGUGGUUCACACUCACACACACACACACACACACACACACGCUAUGUAACGCUCACAUACAAACAGACACAGACACAUACACAACACACACUACACACACACACUCCUUUCCAACCCUACACACACACUCCAUCCCCCUCCACACACACACACACUGUAAUCUACACCAGUCUAUAAUAUCCUUGCUGUGACAGUGACUCAUAGCUAUGCCAUAUGUCCCGUUGGCACUAGCCACCAAGGUCAUGGGAGGAAGGGGGGCUACCACCCACGCUACCCAGGCUAUGAGUUGACCUGCUGGGCUGGCACUGCCCCAGGUGCCCCCCUCCUGCCUCUGACCUCCAGAUUGUGUAACUAACAGGGCAAUGGAAUUCAAGGACAAUGAGUUGGAUUCCAACAUAUAGUGUACCAUCCUACCCCAUUUCCUCUGGCAUUACCAUUUCUGUGCCAUCAACUGGAUUUUUACUCUUUCAGUCUAUUCAUCUCUCACUCUUCCCUUAUGGUUCAGAUAACAGUUGUUUUUAACACCUUGUGCCAGUGCAUCACUGGUCCAGUGCAGCUGUACUGGUCCCUGUAGACUUGGGACUGGGUCAGUGAUCUAUGGUCUGGGCCCUGCUGGAAUUCUGCCUGGGAGGCUUCAUAACAACACCAGAUCCCUCAAGGCUCAGACACUGCUGAGCUUACAGCAGAUAGACUCUCUCUCUCCCUCCUCUCUCUCUAUCCUUCUCUCUCUCCCUUCUCUCUCUCUCCCUUCUCUCUCUCUCCCUUUCUCUCCCUUCUCUCUCUCUCUCCCUUCUCUCUCUCUCUCUCUCUCUCUUCUCUCUUCUCUCUCUCUCUCUCUCUCUUUCUCUUUCUCUCUCUCCCUUCUCUCUCUCUCUUCUCCCUCUCUCCUUCUCCCUCUCUCCCUUUCUUUUCUCCCUCUGCCAAAGCUUUCCUCUCCUUAACUUCUCUCUUGUCUCCCCAAGUAUCUCUUCUCUCACUUGUUCUUGUCUACUGUCUUCUCUCCUCUGUCCUCUAUGCAGUGUAUCUGGAGAUUCAUUCCUCUUCUCUCUUUCUCUAUGGCAUUCCUCUUCUCUCCUCUGUCCUCUAUGCAGUGUAUCUGGAGAUUCAUUCCCUCCUCUUUAGGUUUCUCUCCUCUGUCCUCUAUGCAGUGUAUCUGGAGAUUCAUUCCUCUUCUCUCCUCUGUCCUCUAUGCAGUGUAUCUGGAGAUUCAUUCCUCUUCUCUCCUCUGUCCUCUAUGCAGUGUAUCUGGAGAUUUUCCUUCCUCUUCUCAUCCUGAUGUCCUCUAUGCAGUGUAUCUGGGAUUUCAUUCCUCUUCUCUCCUCUGCUCCUACUAUGCAGUGUAUCUGGAGAUUCAUUACUCUUCUCUCCUUGUCCUCUAUGCAGUGUAUCUGGAGAUUCAAUUACUCUUCUUCCUCUGUCCUCUAUGCAGUGUAUUGGCAGAUUCAUUCCUCUUCUCUCCUCUGUCCUCUAUGCCGUGUAUCUGGAGCAUUCAUUCCUCUUCUUCUCCUCUGUCCUCUAGCAGUGUAUCUGGAGAUUCAUUCCUCUUCUCUCCUCUGUCCUCUAUGCAGUGUAUCUGGAGAUUCAUUCCUCUUCUCUCCUCUGUCCUCUAUGCAGUGUAUCUGGAGAUUCAUUCCUCUUCUCUCCUCUGUCCUCUAUGCAGUGUAUCUGGAGAUUCAUUCCUCUUCUCUCCUCUGUCCUCUAUGCAGUGUAUCUGGAGAUUCAUUCCUCUUCUCUCCUCUGUCCUCUAUGCAGUGUAUCUGGAGAUUCAUUCCUCUUCUCUCCUCUGUCCUCUAUGCAGUGUAUCUGGAGAUUCAUUCCUCUUCUCUCCUCUGUCCUCUAUGCAGUGUAUCUGGAGAUUCAUUACUCAAAGCCCUGGGUAGAUGUCCAAAGAGGACGCUCCUAUCACACAGUCUCGUCUCACACCUCGUAAAAAUACUAUUUCUUAUAGUACAGAAUAUCCCGGGAUAACAUAUGUUUCACAACACCACAGCAUAUACAUCUGAUACGGAGAGAAAGCUGCAUGCCAAGAACCUCAUCUGAUUCCGAUUCUGUGUUUCCUGAGUCCAGUUGAAAGGUUGAGUCUGGUCUCUGAACACCUGGUUAAAGUCUAUCUGUGAUUCAGACUGACAGGAUAGUCUGGUGUCGAUAACAAGGAGGGAGGAAGAGAGAUCUAGAAAGAGAGAGGUAGAGUGAGGGAUGGGAAAAGAGAGAGCGAGAGAGAGUUAAGUCAGGGAUAGAGAAGAUGAGCGCUAUACAGAGUGAGAGAGAGAGGAGAGAGAGAGGAGAAAGACAGAAAAAGAGAGAGGGGGAGAAAGAGACAGGACAUAUCUGAGCACACUCCAUUGUCCAUAGAUGCCAGGAACCCCUCCGGCUGCACAUCAUUGUUUUUCCAUUCUCUCUCAGAGCUGAGGCCACAGCUAGGAAUCAUGGGAUAGUGGCCGGAGACUGUGUCCCCUCUCUCUCUCUCUCUCUCGCUCCGUUUUCCUUAGUGGACAGAGGCGAUAGUUUUGAGUCCAGGGCUGUGUCCAAAUAAAAAGGGUGGGACAGACACAUUAACUACAUUCCUAUGUAGAGAAGAUUCUACUGAGAUGACUUGCACUAUUGAAAAUGAACUCUAGAUGAAUGUGGUGAUCAAAGGUUCCACUAUUAAAGUGUCUUCUUUCCUACCUACGGAGUAGCUUCCUACCUACCACAUUUGCCUCCUCUUCCUCUCUAGGGACUUCAACACUUUGUGACAAAUAAGUACUAUACAAACGGAAUCUGAUUGGUUGAUUUGUAGAUGGACCUUUCUGUCAUUUGUUUGUUUUUCCAUACAGGGCUGCCGGACUGAACGCACUAUGGACAUGAAAUCUAAUGGAUUGAUUGAUUUCUGUAUCCUUUUCCCCACAGGGCUACCGGACAGGCUACGCUUACCGCCACCCCAUCGUUCGGGAGAAGCCUCGGCACAAGUCAGACGUGGAGAUCCCGGCCACGGUGACGGCGUUCAUGUUCGAGGAGGAGGAGGGCGCCGCGCGGCUGCCGUUUAAGUUCCUUCAGCAGAGACAGGCCAGGGAGAAGACACGCUGGCUCAACAGCCCUAACAGUUAUAUGAAGGUUAACGUGGCGGCCGUGGACGAACGCACCAGGACCAUGGUCAGUACCCAUACUGUAUGGAGGGUUAACACACACACUAUACGAACACACCCGGACAAUGGUUGGUACUCAUACUGUAGACACACACACACACACACACACACACACACACACACGGUCAGUGUUGAUGAAACAGAGCUCCCUGUUCAUGUCUACAUACUCUGUUGUGCAGGACUUGGUCCUGGCUAGCUCAUUAGCUAGUCUAAAGCCAAUCUGAUGUUCUCUGAUGCACAUUUUCUGGGGAAACCUUAUAUUAGGCUGCCCUCUCCUGGUAGGUUAGAUAAUUACAUCUUUGUGAUAUUACCGCAUAUAAUGACUCAGAAAGGAAUACCAGCAAGUUCACCUUGGCUGCAUUUACACAGGCAGCCCAAUUCUGAAAGUUUUUCCACUAAUUGGUGUUUUGAUCAAUCACCUCCUAUAAUUUCACAUCAGAUCUUUUUCAGAGCUGAUCUGAUUGGUCAAAAGCUAUGUCUGGUUGGACUAUGUCUGGUUGGACUAUGUCUGGUUGGACUAUGUCUGGUUGGACUAUGUCUGAUUGGACUAUGUCUGAUUGGACUAUGUCUGAUUGGACUAUGUCUGAUUGGACUAUGUCUGAUUGGACUAUGUUUUUGUCUUUUCUGUUCUUCUCUACAGUGGAUGAAGUCUGAGGAAGGUGGCAACAGCAGCGGCACUCCAAUCCGGAUUGAGGACCCCAAUCAGUUUGUCCCUAUGAACACCAACCCCAGCGAGGUGCUGGAGAGGCGAAACCGAGUGAGUCACAGAUCUAGGAUCAGCUACCCUCCAUACAUCCUAACCAUAACCAUCAGUAGGAGAAAGGCAAAACUGACCUUGGAUCACUGUCUAGGGACAACUUCAACUUAAUUCCUCUCUAUUGGCCAUCAGCCUAUCAGCUCCUUCUCUGCCUUCCAUCAUCCUAUCAGAACAAUAAUCCUUACCAUACACUUCCUGGAUGUGUAGCUGUUAGUGAUGAUGUCACUGUUUUGUCCUAUCACAGAUCAGAGAGCAGAACAGAUUUGACAUGAUGACGUCCGGACCUCGCUCUCACCACCUGGCAGGCAUCCCAUUAGACGAACCUCGAAUGGUGAGUGGCAACUCUGUAUGACAAACAAAUAUAUCUGUUGACACUUUACUUGAAGUCCUGUUCGUGAUACAUCCAUAACACUGUCAUAAACAACCUCUCAAGUAAAGUGUUACCAUUAUAUUUCAAUAUUUAUUUCAGUAUAUGACAGUCUUUUGAAUUAUAGGGUAUAUACGGCAGUCUGUAAGAUGUAAGCAUCCUUUAGGAUUUUGCAAAGUAAGCCAGAUCGUCCACGGUAGAUAGGCUUAGCUAUGUGUUAUUGCGUUUACCAACCUUGACCAGUAGGUGGGGCUAAUUACAUGCAUUCUUUCUAACCAUAAGUACACAUCUCUAUGGCUCUGGGAUUCUAUAAUGACACCAGUUCAAAGUUCCAACUUUGGUGAAUAACUUAAUCCUUUUGGAUCUUCUUGGGAGCAUUUUGGUGAUUGGUAUCAUUUUAUCACAAAGAAAUAACACAAUCCAGGUCUCUGCUGCCUAUUAUCAGAGUUUAGAUUAAACUGAUAAGUGCGAGAUUUGAUCACUUAUUAAAUAUUGUUCUCCUACAUGGUGUAUGUCAUGUGUUGAAGGAUCAGCCGGUCCGUGUAAAGGUAAUAUAUCUACAGGGCUUUUUGAAUUCUACAGCGUGCAGUGUUAGUGCAUUUUUUAAAACCCGUUUGUCGUUUCAGUUGGUGUCCCGUUAGGUCACAUCAUCACUGUUUGUGUGUUUUGGAGGUGGGAGUGAAAUGGAGUGUUUACGCAUGAUAGUGUACUCCACCAAUGAAUGACCCAUGUUUUGCUACUUCCUUAUGUCACCAAAUGUGUGUUGUGCAUGUUCUGAUGUGGUUGUGACAGAACAGCAUUCAUAUUAGACAGUGUCUCUUAAUAAGUGUUUUCCCCUGUUGUUGGUAAGUCAUUUGAAAGUAUUGGAGUGUGUUUGUGUGAUAUGCCCAUUUCUAUUGAAUUGUGUGUUAGUGUGUGUUGUGGUUUACGAUGAACUGGCAUGAGUUAGUGUCCUCACACUGGUCCUAAUGUGGACAUGUAUCUGUCCAUGUUAAAAGUCUGGGGAGUCUUAUGUCUGGUCCUAUGUUAACUCCAUUUUCUCUCUCUCUCUCUCUCUCUCUCCUCUCUCUCUCUCUCUCUCUCUCCUCGUCUCUCUCUCCUCUCUUCUGCUCUCUCUCUCUCUCUCUCUCUCGUCUCCUCUCGUCUCUCUCUCUUUCCUUCCUCAUCUCUCUCUCUCUCUCUCUCUCUCCUUCUAUCUCCUCUCUCCUCUCCUCUCUCUCUCUCUCUCUCCCUCCAUUCUCUCCUCUCUCUCUCUCUCUCUCUCUCUCUCCAGCCCUACGUGGCAUCAGAGGAUGACCAGAUGGUUCCUCUGCCUCCCAACCCCUUCAGUCAGCUGUCUGAGAGAGAGAUGGACGAAUGCACGAUGAACGUAGAGAGGAGACAGUUGGGCCUGAGUGGUAAGAGAGAGUCACACAGAGUAGAGCCCCCAAUCCUGCUCACCCUGUCUCAGAUAGAUCCUUUGUCCCACCCCCCACACACGCGGAGACCGGCUCAAUCGGUGCCUCCAGUGAUGCUAUCUCUUUCAUCUUUACCCAACGCUUAGGUUUACCUCCACUGUACUCAUAUCCUUCCAUAUCCUUGUCUGUACAUAAUGCCCUGAAUCUAUUCUACAAUGCCUGGAAAUCUUUUUUCUCUGUACCCAACGCACUAAAAGACGAGUUCUUAAAGUCUUUAGCCAUAUCCUUAUUCUACUCCUCCUCUGUUCCUCUGGUGAUGUAGAGGUUAACCCAGGCCCUGUAGCCCCCAGUAUCACUCCUGCUCCCCAGGCACUAUCAUUUGUUGACUUCUGUAAUCACAAAAGCCUUGGUUUCUUGCAUGUUAACAUCAGAAGCCUCCUCCCUAAGUUUGAGUUAUUCACUGCGUUAACACACUCAGCCAACCCUGAUGUUCUAGCAGUGAAUCCUGGCUUAGGAAGGCCACCAAAGAUUCUGAAAUUUCCAUUCCCAACUACAACAUUUUCCAUCUAGAUAGAACUGCCAAUAUGGGCGGAGUUGCAAUCUACUGUAGAGAUAGCCUGCAGAGCUCUAUCAUACUAUCCAGGUCUGUGCCCAAACAGUUUGAGCUGCUACUUCUAAAAAUCCACCUUUCCAGAAAUAAGUCUCUCACUGUUGCCGCUUGCUACAGACCCCUCUCAGCCCCCAGCUGUGCCCUGAACACCACAUGUGAAUUGAUUGCCCCCCAUCUAUCCUCAGAGUUCAUAUUGCUUGGUGACCUAAGCUGGGAUAUGCUUAACACCCCGGCCGUCCUACAAUCUAAACUAGAUGCCCUCAAUCUCACACAAAUUAUCAAGGAACCUACCAAGUACAACCCUAAAUCCGUUAACAUGGGCACCCUCAUAGAUAUCAUCCUGACUAAUUUACCCUCUAAAUACACCUCCGGUGUCUUCAACCAGGAUCUCAGCGAUCACUGCCUCAUUGCCUGCGUCCGUAAUGGGUCCGCGGUCAAACGACCAACCCUCAACACUGUCAAACGCUCCCUAAAACGCUUCAGCGAGCAGGCCUUUCUAAUUGACCUGGCCCAGGUAUCCUGGAUGGAUAUUGACCUCAUUCCGUCAGUAGAGGAUGCCUGGUUGUUCUUUAAAAGUACUUUCCUCUCCAUCUUAAAUAAACAUUUCCCAUUCAAAAAAUUCAGAACUAAGAACAGAUAUAGCCCCUGGUUCACCCCAGACUUGACUACCCUUGACCAGCACAAAAACAUCCUGUGGCGUACGGCAUUAGCAUCGAACAGCCCCCGCGAUAUGCAACUUUUCAGGGAAGUCAGGAACCAAUAUACACAAUCAGUUAGGAAAGCAAAGGCUAACUUUUUCAAACAGAAAUUUGCAUCCUGUAGCACUAACUCCAAAAAGUUUUGGGACACUGUAAAGUCCAUGGAGAAUAAGAGCACCUCCUCCCAGCUGCCCACUGCACUGAGGCUAGGAAACACUGUCACUACCGAUAAAUCUACGAUAAUCGAAAAUUUCAACAAGCAUUUUGCUACGGCUGGCCAUGCUUUCCACCUGGCUACCCCUACCCCGGCCACCAGCUCUGCACCCUCCGCUGCAACUUGCCAAUGCCCCCCCCCCGCUUCUCCUUCACCCAAAUUCAGAUAGCUGAUGUUCUGAAAGAGCUGCAAAAUCUGGACCCCUACAAAUCAGCUGGGCUAGACAAUCUGGACCCUUUCUUUCUAAAAUGAACAGCCGAAAUUGUCGCAACCCCUAUCACCAGCCUGUUCAACCUCUCUUUCGUAUCGUCAAAGGGGGUGACACUCUAGAUCCAAACUGUUACAGACCUAUAUCCAUCCUGCCCUGCCUUUCGAAAGUAUUUGAAAGCCAAGUCAACAAACAGAUCACUGACCAUUUCGAAUCCCACCGUACCUUCUCCGCUAUGCAAUCUGGUUUCCGAGCUGGUCAUGGGUGUACCUCAGCCACGCUCAAGGUCCUAAACGAUAUAAUAACCGCAAUCGAUAAAAGGCAGUACUGUGCAGCCGUCUUUUUUUUAUUUUUUUAUUUAUUUUAUUUCACCUUUAUUUAACCAGGUAAACCAGUUGAGAACAAGUUCUCAUUUACAACUGCGACCUGGCCAAGAUAAAGCAAAGCAGUGCGAUAAAAACAACAACACAGAGUUACAUAUGGGGUAAAACAAAACAAAGUCAAAAAAAAAAAAAAAAAUACAUAUAUAUACAGUGUGUGCAAAUUUAGCAAGUUAUGGAGGUAAGGCAAUAAAAUAGGCUAUAGUGCAAAAUAAUUACAAUUAGUAUUAACACUGGAAUGAUAGAUGUGCAAGAGAUGAUGUGCAAAUAGAGAUACUGGGGUACAAAUGAGCAAAAUAAAUAACAAUAUAGGGAUGAGGUAGUUGGGCGGGCUAAUUUCAGAUGGGCUGUGUACAGGUGCAGUGAUCGGUAAGGUGCUCUGACAACUGAUGCUUAAAGUUAGUGAGGGAGAUAAGUGUCUCCAGCUUCAGAGAUUUUUGCAAUUUGUUCCAGUCAUUGGCAGCAGAGAACUGGAAGGAAUUGCGGCCAAAGGAGGUGUUGGCUUUGGGGAUGACCAGUGAGAUAUACCCGCUGGAGCGCAGACUACGGGUGGGUGUUGCUAUGGUGACCAAUGAGCUAAGAUAAGGCGGGGAUUUGCCUAGCAGUGAUUUAUAGAUGGCCUGGAGCCAGUGGGUUUGGCGACGAAUAUGUAGUGAGGACCAGCCAACAAGAGCGUACAGGUCACAGUGGUGGGUAUUAUAUGGGGCUUUGGAGACAAAACGGAUGGCACUGUGAUAGACUACAUCCAAUUUGCUGAGUAGAGUGUUGGAGGCUAUUUUGUAAAUGACAUCGCCGAAGUCAAGGAUCGGUAGGAUAGUCAGUUUUACGAGGGCAUGUUUGGCAGCAUGAGUGAAGGAGGCUUUGUUGCGAAAUAGGAAACCGAUUCUAGAUUUAACUUUGGAUUGGAGAUUCUUAAUGUGAGUCUGGAAGGAGAGUUUACAGUCUAACCAGACACCUAGAUAUUUGUAGUUGUCCACAUACUCUAGGUCAGACCCGUCGAGUGUAGUGAUUCUAGUCGGGUGGGCGGGUGCAAGCAGCGUUCGGUUGAAGAGCAUGCAUUUAGUUUUACUAGUGUUUAAGAGCAGUUGGAGGCUACUGAAGGAGUGUUGUAUGGAAUUGAAGCUCGUUUGGAGGUUUGUUAACACAGUGUCCAAUGAAGGGCCAGAUGUAUACAAAAUGGUGUCGUCUGCGUAGAGGUGGAUCUGAGAGUCACCAGCAGCAAGAGCGACGUCAUUGAUUUACACAGAGAAAAGAGUCGGCCCAAGAAUUGAACCCUGUGGCACCCCCAUAGAGACUGCCAUAGGUCCAGACAACAGGCCCUCCGAUUUGACACAUUGAACUCUAUCUGAGAAGUAGUUGGUGAACCAGGAGAGGCAGUCAUUUGAGAAACCAAGGCUGUUUAGUCUGCCAAUAAGAAUGCGGUGGUUGACAGAGUCGAAAGCCUUGGCCAGGUCAAUGAAAACGGCUGCACAGUACUGUCUAUUAUCGAUCGCGGUUAUAAUAUCGUUUAGGACCUUGAGCGUGGCUGAAGUGCACCCAUGACCAGCUCGGAAACCGGAUUGCAUAGCGGAGAAGGUACGGUGGGAUUCGAAAUGGUCGGUGAUCUGUUUGUUGACUUGGCUUUCAAAAACUUUUGAAAGGCAGGGCAGGAUGGAUAUGGGUCUGUAACAGUUUGGAUCUAGAGGUCUUCAUUGACCUGGCCAAGGCUUUUGACUCUGUCAAUCACCGCAUUCUUAUUGGCAGACUAAAUAGCCUUGGUUUCUCAAAUGACUGCCUCGCCUGGUUCACCAACUACUUCUCAGAUAGAGUUCAAUGUGUCAAAUCGGAGGGCCUGUUAUCUGGACCUCUGGCAGUCUCUAUGGGGGUGCCACAGGGUUCAAUUCUCGGGCCGACUCUAUUUUCUGUGUAUAUCAAUGAUGUCGCUCUUGCUGCUGGUGACUCUCAGAUCCACCUCUACGCAGACGACACCAUUUUGUAUACAUCUGACCCUUCAUUGGACACUGUGUUAACAAACCUCCAAACAAGCUUCAAUGCCAUACAACACUCCUUCCAUGGCCUCCAACUGCUCUUAAACGCUAGUAAAACUAAAUGCAUGCUCUUCAAUCGAACGCUGCUUGCAUCCGCCUGCCCGACUAGAAUCACUACUCUCGGCGGCUCUGACUUAGAAUAUGUGGACAACUACAAAUACCUAGGUGUCUGGUUAGACUGUAAACUCUCCUUCCAGACUCACAUUAACAAUCUCCAAUCCAAAGUUAAAUCUAGAAUCGGCUUCCUAUUUCGCAACAAAGCCUCCUUCACUCAUGCUGCUAAACAUGCCCUCGUAAAACGGACUAUCCUACCAAUCCUUGACUUCGGCGAUGUCAUUUACAAAAUAGCUUCCAACGCUCUACUCAGCAAAUUGGAUGUAGUCUAUCACAGUGCCAUCCGUUUUGUCACCAAAGCCCUAUAUACUACCCACCAUUGUGACCUGUACGCUCUUGUUGGCUGGCCCUCACUACAUAUUCGUCGCUAAACCCACUGGCUCCAGGUCAUCUAUAAAUCCCUUCUAGGCAAAUCCCAGCCUUAUCUUAGCUCAUUGGUCACCAUAGCAACACCCACCUGUAGUAUGCGCUCCAGCAGGUAUAUCUCACUGGUCAUCCCCAAAGCCAACACCUCCUUUGGUCGCCAUUCCUUCCAGUUCUCUGCUGCGAAUGACUGGAACGAACUGCAAAAAUAUCUGAAGCUAGAGACUCUUAUCUCCCUCACUAACUUUAAGCAUCAGUUGUCAGAGCAGCUUACCGAUCACUGCACCUGUACACAGCCCAUCUGUAAUUAGCCCACCCAACUACCUCAUCCCCAUAUUGUUAUUUACAUUGUUAUUUAUUUUGAUAAUUUGCAUCCCAGUAUCUCUAUUUGCACAUCAUCUUCUGCACCUCUAUCACUCCAGUGUUAAUACUAAAUUAUAAUUGUAAUUAUUUUGCACAAUGGCCUAUUUAUUGCCUUACCUCCAUAACUUACUACAUUUGCACACACUGUAUAUAUAUUUUCUAUUGUGUUAUUGACUGUACGUUUUGUUUAUUCCAUAUGUAACUCUGUGUUGUUGUUUUUAUCGCACUGCUUUGCUUUAUCUUGGCCAGGUUGCAGUUGUAAAUGAGAACUUGUUCUCAACUGGUUUACCUGGUUAAAUAAAGGUGAAAUAAAUAAAUAAUAAUAAUAAAAACAGAACCACAGAGAAACACACACACACACACACACAUUCAGAACCACAGAGAAACACACACACACACACACACACACACACACACAUUCAGAACCACAGAGAAACACACACACACACACCCAUACAGAAACACAGAGAAACACACAUGUAGGUGGUAAUGUAUAAAAUACACAUUCCUUACUAUCUUUGAGCUUACCAUUGUCCAGCCCAAGGAAUUCCAAAUAGAAGGCCUAGCAGCCCCAGACUAUUCAGGGCCAAGGGAACAGUCAAUACCAAGUGGAGAGCGGAAACAAUAGUCCUCUCCACAGAUCCACAUCUGUCCUGUCCUACCAUGCAAUACACCAGUCAUCUGUCCUACCAUGUUAUACACCAGUCAUCUGUCCUACCAUGCAAUACACCAGUCAUCUGUCCUAUCAUGCAAUAUACCAGUCAUCUGUCCUACCAUGUUAUACACCAGUCAUCUGUCCUAUCAUGCAAUAUACCAGUCAUCUGUCCUACCAUGUUAUACACCAGUCAUCUGUCCUACCAUGCAAUACACCAGUAAUCUGUCCUACCAUGUUAUACACCAGUCAUCUGUCCUACCAUGUUAUACACCAGUCAUCUGUCCUACCAUGCAAAACACCAGUCAUCUGUCCUACCAUGUUAUACACCAGUGAUCUGUCCUACCAUGCAAUACACCAGUCAUCUGUCAAAUCAAAUCAAAUCAAAUCAAAUUUUAUUGGUCACAUGCGCCGAAUACAACAGGUGCAGACAUUACAGUGAAAUGCUUACUUACAGCCCUUAACCAACAGUGCAUUUAUUUUUUACAAAAAAAGUAAAAAUAAAACAACAACAAAAAAAGUGUUGAGAAAAAAAAGAGCAGAAGUAAAAUAAAGUAACAGUAGGGAGGCUAUCUAUACAGGGGGGUACCGUUGCAGAGUCAAUGUGCGGGGGACACCGGCUAGUUGAGGUAGUUGAGGUAAUAUGUACAUGUGGGUAGAGUUAAAGUGACUAUGCAUAAAUAAUUAACAGAGUAGCAGCAGCGUAAAAAGGAUGGGGUGGGGGGGCAGUGCAAAUAGUCCGGGUAGCCAUGAUUAGCUGUUCAGGAGUCUUAUGGCUUGGGGGUAGAAGCUGUUGAGAAGUCUUUUGGACCUAGACUUGGCACUCCGGUACCGCUUGCCGUGCGGUAGCAGAGAGAACAGUCUAUGACUAGGGUGGCUGGAGUCUUUGACAAUUUUGAGGGCCUUCCUCUGACACUGCCUGGUAUAGAGGUCCUGGAUGGCAGGAAGCUUGGCCCCAGUGAUGUACUGGGCCGUACGCACUACCCUCUGUAGUGCCUUGCGGUCGGAGGCCAAGCAGUUGCCAUACCAGGCGGUGAUGCAACCAGUCAGGAUGCUCUCGAUGGUGCAGCUGUAGAAUUUUUUGAGGAUCUGAGGACCCAUGCCAAAUCUUUUCAGUCUCCUGAGGGGGAAUAGGCUUUGUCGUGCCCUCUUCACGACUGUCUUGGUGUGUUUGGACCAUGAUAGUUCGUUGGUGAUGUGGACACCAAGGAACUUGAAGCUCUCAACCUGUUCCACUACAGCCCCGUCGAUGAGAAUGGGGGCGUGCUCAGUCCUCUUUUUUUUCCUGUAGUCCACAAUCAUCCUAUCAUGUUAUACACCAGAGAUCUGUCCUACCAUGCAAUACACCAGUCAUCUGUCCUACCAUGUCAUACACCAGUCAUCUGUCCUACCAUGCAAUACACCAGUCAUCUGUCCUAUCAUGCAAUAUACCAGUCAUCUGUCCUACCAUGCAAUAUACCAGUCAUCUGUCCUACCAUGCUAUACACCAGUCAUCUGUCCUACCAUGCUAUACACCAGUCAUCUGUCCUACCAUGCUAUACACCAGUCAUCUGUCCUACCAUGCAAUACACCAGUCAAAUAGUAGUAUUCCACUCCAGUGAAAACUGGUACUACUUCCAUAGACAGUGCGGAUAACAGGGAAUUGUCAAUGGCUUGGAGCCCCAUUUCAGCCAAUCAGAUUGCAGAUUUCUCCUAACCCGUUUUAUAAGCCACAACAACAUUUUUAGUGAUAGUUGUUCCUGAUCAAGUCAUGCAGUCAGAAUGGAAAAACCUUUGCCUGUAAUAACGUGUGUGCAGCAGGGAACCAUCACUCCAUCUUAUGACUAAGAAGGCCAACAGAACAGACAGACUGGCCCACAGCAGGUUUUCACACCCACUGUAUGAGUGGGCCCGGUUGCCAUGACACCAUCCACCCCCUAUCCCCACCUACUCUACACCAGUCCAAUCUGGUUCCAUAUUAUGUUCCUUAUAGAAUGUUCUAAUGCAUGUAUUGCUGAACUGUCUGUGCUCACAGUAAAACUAUGUGCUGUUAUGAAUACUAUGAUGUUGAUAUUUUCACAAAUGACUGUUUGUCUGUAAUGCAACUGCUAUAACUCCACUAUGAUAAUGAAUGUUUUUUUUAAUGGCACUGGGUUGAUGUACACUUAUAUACUAAUAGUAUUAGUAAGGCCCAGAUGAAUGACUUGGUGGUUAAAUGAACCGUGUUAACCCCUUAGAUACCUCACAGUAUGUACUGGAGAUACUGUAUGACCACUAUGUUCCAUGUACCCCAACAUAGCCUGGUCCCAGAUCUGUUUGUGAUGUCUUGCCUCUAACAUGUCUGUCAACACUAAUCUCUCACCCCCAAACCCUCAUUCCCCUCUCUCACCCCCCAACCCUACUCCUACUGACCCACUCCCUCACCCUUACCCCUCAACCCAAACCCUCUCCUCACCCCCUGACCCCUUACUCCCACCCCUUCAACCCUCAUCCCAAACCCUCACCCCCUCCUGCAGAUGACGAGCACGACCUAACCUCCAACGACGCUUCCACUCUCUCUCAGUCUCUGUCCCAAACUCAGUCCCCGCAAAUAACUCCAGCUAAAGAAGGUAUCACACAGAGAGAGAGUGUUGUGAAAUGUGUUUGUGUGUGUUUCAACAGAACUGUCUUUACUAAGGUUGUGCUGUGUUUUAUUAUGUCAAAAACACAUAUUCUAGAUUCCUUUGGUUCCACUUUUACCUCAAAGGUUAUAAUAGAUACAAAGUUAUAUGGAAACCUACUACAUUACUAUUGUGUUAUCAACUUCACUAUGUUUAAUCAGUUCCAAUUCUGUAGUAUCUUACUUCCUCUUAAUCACAACACUGUCAACAAUGACUCAGUUUUAUUUCCUGUAGUAACUACUUCCUGUCCCUUUGAACAACAGUAACCAACACCGCAUAACCACAGAACACUUGAGUAGCCAUCAACACAGUUCCCCACAACAAACUGCUCCUUGUGUGUGCGAGCGACACAAUUCAUGACACAGUCAACCAGUUCUUCUCCUGUGGUGGCCAAAUCGGUUCAAGUGUUGCUCAACAACCUCUUAUGAUGUCAUACGUUGGUUCAUUGCAGUACAUUGAAAGUCUCUUGUAAUAGAACAGUAGAACAGUGCUUGUAGAGAACACUGUUCAGUGUGGUAACCCUUCCCUAUGAGCCUAUUCUCUCUAUUGGCUUUGUUACAUCACACAAAACGUAACGUUAGUUAUCCAAGGAGAGCUGUUAUGUGAACACAACAGACAGGAUCGAGGGAUAGAUGGGUAGAGGAUCAAGGGAAUGGUAGCCCUUUGUUAGAGUAGAGCAAAGACAGGAUAUAUUUACUAGGCUAUCAGCUGAAAAUACAUACAUGUGUGGGUUACACAGUACAUAGAACAUGCCUUACAGUACUGUAGGGUGGGACAGUACAUAGUCAUGGUCACAUUAACAUUGGGUGUGAAAUACACUAUUGAAAGAGGUGAUCAUUGAAUUUGAGGUGACUAGUAAACAGAUUCACGCUGUACUGUAAUGACAGAUUUCAGAUAGGGUAGGUGACAUUACAUUUACAUUUUAGUCAUUUAGCAGACGCUCUUAUCCAGAGCGACUUACAGUUAGUGAAUACAUCUUUUUUUUUUAUACUGGCCCCCCGUGGGAAUCGAACCCACAACCCUGGCGUUGCAAACGCCAUGCUCUAUCAACUGAGCUAGUAGCACCUUAACAUAUUUUGUGGUCAAACAACAUAGUAUACAGGCCUGUAGCAGACACAGAAUCAGGUUUAUUGUUGUUGUGGUUGGUGGUGGUCUACCCUGUCUGACCUCUGACCCCUCUCCGCUGCUCUUUCCAGAGAACCACACGAUGCAGAACGGCAAGGACGGCGGUGACCACGAGGUGAACGAAGAGCUGAGCAAACGGGUCAGUCAGCUGACCACCAGCGUGGAGAGCAUUGAGGUCAAGGUCCGCACCGGCGAGAAGAUCGAAGACUCCGCCCUCUCCCCCGAGAGCUCGCCCUCCAAGUCCCCCAACAAGAAGAAGAAGAAGUUCCGCACUCCCUCCUUCCUCAAGAAGAACAAAAAGAAAGAGAAAAUGGAGGCCUAG